GGGGAGCGAGGGGGCCAAAGAGGGGCCCAAAGAGUCCGGAGCGAGGGAGGCGAGGACCAGGGCGAGGGCACGGCCGGGCUCCUGGCCGGCCCGAGGAGGCUCGCGGAAGCAGCAGCCGCCGCCCGAUCGCAGCUGGAUUUGAAGAUUGAUCCAAGGGACUAUUAAUUUCAGGAAUUGAUUUGAAAGACACUGGCUCUGACACUUAACAGCCAUGUAACCUUGGAUAUGGAAGAAAGCAGCAGUGUUGCCAUGUUGGUCCCAGAUAUUGAGGAACAGGAAGCCAUAUUAACUGCUGAAACUGUCAUCAGUUCGUCAUUGGAGAUUGAUGAACAAAGAAAAGCUAAAACAGAUCCAUUAAUUCAUGUUAUCCAGAAAUUGAGCAAGAUAGUGGAACAUGAAAAGUCACAAAAAUGUCUUCUAAUUGGGAAAAAACGCCCACGUCCAAGUGCUAUACCACGGUCUCUUGAAACUCAAGAAAUUUAUGAGAUUCCAGCUAAAAUAACUCAGACAUCUCCUGCUAAUACUAGAAGGGCUGAGAUGUCACACACAAGUUUUGUCCCUGACUCUCUUGCCCCAAAUGAUGGGAAGGUUAUGUCUUACCAGUGUAGCCUUUGUAAGUUUUUGUCAUCCUCUUUCUCUGUGUUAAAAGAUCAUAUCAAGCAGCAUGGUCAGCAGAAUGAAGUGAUACUAAUGUGUUCAGAGUGCCAUAUUACAUCGAAGAGCCAAGAGGAACUUGAAGCUCAUGUGGUCACGGAACAUGAAAAUGAUGCCAGUAGCCACUUUCAGUCAAAAGCCCAGCAGUGCAUAAGUCCCUCCAACUCCUUCUGUCAGAGAACCACAGAGAGAAACUGUGAAACCAUUCCUGACAUCCCAGUAAAUGUGGAUAUCCCACAGACUCAUACUGUUCAAACUGCAUCUGUGGCAGAAGUGGGCAGGAGGAAGUGGUAUGCAUAUGAACAGUAUGGCAUGUAUCGAUGUUUGUUUUGUAGCUACACCUGUGGCCAGCAGAGAAUGCUGAAAACACACGCUUGGAAACAUGCUGGGGAGGUUGAUUGCUCCUAUCCAAUCUUUGAGAAUGAAAAUGAGCCCCUAGGCUUACUAGACUCCUCAGUGACUGCUGCAUCUGGUGGAGUCGAUGCAGUAGUCAUUGCUAUUGGAGACAACGAACUGAGUAUCCACAACGGGCCCUCAGUUCAGGUGCAGAUUUGCAGCACAGAACCAUUAACGUCUUCCUCUCCUUUAGAGCAGCGUGUGGAAGCCGGAAUUCACCUGAGUCAGUCCGUUGCCCUUGACCCUAAUGAGGAAGAAAUGUUAGAAGUGAUUUCUGAUGCCGAGGAGAAUCUGAUUGCUGAUAGCCUACUCUCCUCUGCACAGAAAAUCAUCAGCAGUAGCCCAAAUAAAAAGGGUCAUGUUAAUGUGAUUGUAGAACGUCUGCCGAGUGCUGAAGAAACGCUUUCACAGAAACACUUCCUCCUGAAUGCUGAACUAGAAGAGGCAAAAAACAUGAGCUCUACAGAAGUCCCAGUUGGGUGUGAAGGAACAGAUGCGAUUUAUCACGCUAACAAAUGUACUGUUGACAUUGGGGGGCUGAUCAUAGGUUGGAGCAAUCCAGAGAAGAAAGACAGUGAGUUAAUCAAUAAAGGACUGGCAGCCGAUGAGAACGCCCCACCAGGCCGAAGGAGGACAAAUUCUGAGUCUCUUAGACUACACUCCUUAGCUGCAGAAGCCCUGGUCACAAUGCCGAUUAGAGCUGCAGAACUAACAAGAGCCAACCUUGGACACUAUGGAAAUAUGAACCUUUUAGAUCCAGAUACUGGCCAAAGGCAAGUAGAUAGUAGCACAUUGGCAGCAUAUUCUAAAAUGAUGUCACCACUUAAAAAUUCUUCAGAUGGAUUAACAGGUUUUAACCAAAGCAACUCUGCCUUGGUCGCGCUCCCAGAGCGUAGGCAGGAAUUGUCGGACGGGCAAGUUAAGACAGGUAUUAGCAUGUCCCUGCUUACUGUCAUUGAAAAAUUGAGGGAAAGGACUGACCAAAAUGCUUCAGAUGAUGACAUUUUGAAAGAGUUGCAGGAUAAUGCACAAAGCCAACCCAACAGUGAUGCCAGUUUGUCGGGAAGCAAUGUAGUGGAAUACAUCCCUAAUACUGACCGACCCUACCGUUGCCGCUUGUGUCACUACACGAGCGGUAAUAAGGGCUACAUUAAGCAGCAUUUGCGAGUCCAUCGACAGAGACAGCCAUAUCAGUGUCCUAUCUGCGAGCACAUAGCUGACAAUAGCAAAGACUUGGAGAACCACAUGAUCAACCACUGUAAAACGAGAAUAUACCAGUGCAAGCAAUGUGAAGAAUCUUUCCACUAUAAGAGUCAACUGAGGAAUCAUGAGAGAGAACAGCACAGUCUUCCAGACACCCUGUCAACAACAAUUUCUAAUGAGUCAAGAAUUACCAAUGACCCAACUGAUGGAAAAUGUGUUCAGGAAGGGAAUAAGACUUCAGUCCAGAAACAGUAUAGAUGUGAUGUGUGCGAUUAUACAAGUACAACAUACGUUGGUGUCAGAAACCACAGACGAAUCCAUAACUCUGAUAAGCCAUACAGAUGCUCUUUAUGUGGGUAUGUGUGUAGCCAUCCUCCAUCCUUGAAGUCUCAUAUGUGGAAGCAUGCAAGUGACCAAAAUUACAACUACGAGCAAGUAAACAAGGCUAUUAAUGAUGCGAUUUCACAAAGUGGCAGAGUUCUGGGGAAGUCCCCUGCAAAGUCUGUGUUAAACAGUAGUGAAGAAAGAGCUGACCCUGUCACUGGAAGUACAGAAAACUUUCUGGAAGUACAGAAAACCUCCGAGCUGAUUCCCCAGGCUCCCAGUGAAGUUGUAGGUACCAACGAGAAUGAGAAACUGAGCCCUACAACUAAUACCUCAUACAACUUAGAAAAGAACUCCAGUCUGGCCCCUCCUAGUAUGGAGUAUUGUGUUUUGCUCUUCUGUUGUUGUAUUUGUGGUUUUGAAUCUACCAGCAAAGAAAAUCUUUUGGAUCAUAUGAAAGAGCAUGAGGGUGAAAUUGUGAACAUCAUCCUAAAUAAGGACCACAACACAACUCUAAACACAAACUAGAUGGGAUGAUUACUGGAAGAGGAAAAGCGUAGAAGAGGAGUCCUUUACUUUAAACCGCAGUUUCACCUUUGCGCUAUCAAAUAACUUACUAGACACAGAAGUAGUUGGUGUGGUUUUUGAGGAAAUAGCAGGCGUGACUUUUGAACCAAAUUUGUAAUGGAAUCAAAGGUAUUCCAAAUGGUUGAACCGUACAUAUUUAAAUAUUUUGAGUGAAUAGUCAUGGGUUGAGGAGGAAGCAAAGAUAUAAUCCUAUAUUAACCCUCUGUUAUAUCUUCUUAGUAUUGAGUAUAUUUAUUAUUAAGAACUAUUAUAGUGUAGAAAUGCAAGCAAAAGUGUUAAGGAAGAACUUUUCGGGAACUAUUUUAAAACAUAGAAAUGUCACGGUCUUAAGCAGAGCUUGUUUUCUUCAUUCUCAGUUUUGAUAUGCCCGCUCGCAAACAGCAGGCCUCCUGUCGGUGGACACUGCCUGAGAUUUCUUUGUGGUGUUUACCAAGAGCAGAAAGAAACGAUCAUUAUUAAGGAUUUUUGAAGUAGUCUCCUUCAUGUCCUCGAAAUUGACAAGAAUUAAUCAUAUAUUCGGUCUAACCCGUUUUGCUUUAUUCCUUAAAAAAAAAAAAAAAAAGAGGCCUAAAUCCUAACCUAGGAUUUUUAAGAUAAAUGAUGGUCUCAGAUUUAUAACGAAUCUUUGGUGGGCAAAGGAGAGAAAUGGGUGAACUCCCAUCAGACUGCAAUCACAUUUCAAGGCCGAUCGAGAUGGUGAGUCACGGGGCAGAGUGCAUUCCCCACAGCCCCUGUCGCUGUGUUAGAGGACAGCGCACAUUUUGCUCUAGCUCCGUGGGCUUCCACUCCAGGCCAGGCCACGUGUGCUGCCUGGGAAGGGGUCCACACAGUGCAAUGUGAAUUUUUACAUUGAUCAUUAGACCUUGGAAAUACGUAGAACCAUUAAGUAAAAAUUCACUUGAGGGAAGGAGGUGAACUUCAGAAGUCUCAGAACUGAAUACUGCUAUUGAGCUUUUGCUUCCUGACGUUGAGCGAAUGAAUUAGACCUGGCAGAAGAGGUCUAACUAAAUAGGACAAAAGUAUAGUAAAAGUUCUAGUUGUUUAUCGGAGUAGCAGUGUCUGACACAUCUACAGGGUUUCUCCUAUCUAGGAAAUGGCAUUUCCUUUAGUGUGCAAUAGGAGAUACGGAAAACCAACUCAGAGUGCUUUUUUACAUGAAAAUUCAUCAUCGCAUACUGAAAUCUCAUUGGUCACACAUUUUGUAUUAUGAUGUAUAUCAAAGGGUGAAGAGAACAGGAUUUUUGGUUUUCGUAGUUCCGAUCACUUACGCAUUGCUUUGUUAAAGCAGAUUCUGUCUGAGUGGCAAGGUGGGUACACUGUAGUGCCCCAUCUCCAUGGUGCUCCUUCCGAACUUGGUUCCUCAUCUCUUCAAGAGCGGAGGCUAUGGCCCUGCUCAUCGUAGGAGAUAUUGGAAGCAACUUUUGGAUGCGAUAUAUUUUAAUAAAGACUCUUUAGGAAAGAAUCCUCUUUCCAGAGUCCAGGUAUGAAUGGAAUAUAUUAACUUUUUUUUUCUUUUUUUAAAGCUUAAAAACUAUUUAAGUGGGGCCAGGCAUCUUGACACAUUAUCCGAUUUGUAUUCAUAAUCUCAUUUUUGAUAGUGGAUAUUUAGGCAGUUAAUUGUAACUUUGCAGCUGUUUGAUUUAGGUAGUUUUUGUUUAUGAAAGUUAAUCCACUUCUGAUACAUGAUUUAUAAGAAGAUAAUAUGACUGUGUAUAUACACACUAAAUUAUAUUCCUCAAAUCCACUGUUUGUGGAUCAAUAUUCAUUUUCUUCAUUUCCAGAAUUCAAAGACAUUUAUAUUUCAUUUCCAGUUCAAGUAAAAGAUUUUAAAUAGUUCAUUAUUAUUACUCAUUGCCACUCAAUAUUUUUUUGCUCUGACUCAGUGUUUCUUUAUGAAAGACUCAUUCUUAGUAAUCUUAGAAUUUAGUUGUAUGAAUUUUCAUGGCUUCAACUUUUAAUCGUUUGGAAAAUACUUUUGACCAAAAAUUUUUUUUAAAAAUCCUCUAAAUUUUAAGAGUGAAUGCCAAACACAGUAACAACAAAGUCUCCAGUGGAGACGUUACUGGGCCCGCUCGAGCAAAUCGACGAUCAACGGGGAGGGCCUUUACCUUUUUUUAAAUUACCUACUUUAUUUCCUAAAACCACUUCUUUUGAUUGAUACUUAAAUUUCCCAUUUGGAAUCAUGGAUUCAAAACUUUGUUACUCAAAGCCUAUAAGCUUUCAUCCAGACGUGAGAGCCUCCAAAACUGUGAGCUUUCAUCUAGACUUGAAUGACCUCCUGGAGGAACCACAUCCUGAGGACAUAUGUUGCCAUUUUCAUUCUGUGACAAGCCUUAAAAGUCUCUCUACCCAUUGAGUAUUUCUAAAAGUGGUAAUUCAGACUGAAUACGUGGCUUUAAUUGUAGGAGAAAGGUAUUAAUCAGAAAUUCACAGGAUUAGGAAGGACAUUUUUUUCAUCGGAACAAGAUUGUUUGCCAUACAAAGCUCAUAGUAUUUGUUUUCCCCUCUGAAUACUCAACACUUCUAAGAUUUGAUAGUGAAAAUAGUUUUUGGAAGAAAUUUACUGGAUAAGGUAAAAGUGGAGGUGGAGGGAAGACAGUGCAUUCUGAUGAUUAUACUUUUCAGAACUCGUCGGUUCUUCUCUCGUAAUCCCCAGAAAAUGGUUGGUGUACCAAAUAUCCUGAUAAUACCAUGCCUAUAUUCCAGUUGAACUGUGGACUUUUCAGUUCUGAGUUCUGUGUCCAGCCAGUAUAGUGUAAUAACACUGACUGGAGACUUUGUUCUAGAUCUUUCAUCUACUCAAGGUCGCUAUUGGUGGUUUCAGUUUUGGUAUUAUUUCUCCUGUCUUUUCUUACAAAGCAAAUGGUGGGCACCCAUGUUUACAUUGUAUCUUCCUUGCAAUGUACUUGGCUUGACAAAGACAAGCAGGCUUCUUUAUUAAGACUUACUAUAUUUUUAGUUUUCAUAGACACUUAUUUAAUCUUUUUUUAUUGUACAGCAAGGUGCUCUAAGUAAUAUUCUAUAAAAUAUAUUUAAUAGAAAUUUGAGUUUGAUAUUCAUGCACAUGAAUACAUGUAUUUUUUUAAGAAAUAAGUAUUGUGUAACACUAUGGCAUUGCUUCUAUAGCCAAAGUCUAAAAAUUUCUGGAACACUGACAUGUAAAGACUACAGUUAAUUCUGACACUGUAUCUUAUUAAAAUAGGGUGAUUUGCAUUUUGUAAAAUUAUCCUGCACAUCGAGCUGCAUGCCUUAAAGACUAAAACUCUAGGAUUGUGUUCAUGGUAGAACAGUUUCAUCUGUUCAACACACAGUGAAGCAAGGUCAAUAGCGCUUCUCUAACUACCUUUGGAAAUACUGUACAAUGUUAGAAUAAUUUAUUUUGCUUUACAGGAGUUUGUCAUGUAUUGACUUUAAUAUUGUAUUUUGGUAAUAAAUUUUUUGUUAAAAACACUUGCCUCUUAAGUUUUAUUAAUAAAAGGUUAUAUUCUUAUCAUGGAAAUAUUGUGAUCACUUGGAAAGUUGUAUUUAAUGAGGUUCCCAGAGAUUAAACCAAGACUUACGAUUUCCUUUUGGUAACUUGUUGAACUAUUAGUGACUAGCAUUGAACUGUGUCACACAGUGAUAACUGAAAGAUAUUUGGAGGGUUCUUUGAUCAUCUUAAACAUUUGGUCUAAUUUUGAAGCCUUUUUUCCUUGCUCUAUUGUUCAUUUUUAUCUUCCAAAUGACAUCAUUGUAUGCUUUUAAUUAUGAUAGUCAAAGUGCUGGAGACUGACUCUGUUAAUGACAGCUUGCUUUUUGAGGACCUUGAUUAUCUUGUGUUCUAUAUAUGAAAUAGCUUGUUGCACUAGAUUCUUUGCAUUGACCAGGGAGACUGAUACUGACUGCAUCAUUGGUUUAGUUGUCCAUUUUCACUCUAGAAUUCCGGACAAUUUCAUCUUCAGGUAUCUGAGCCAAGUACUCUUAAUUAUGUUCCCUAUCUUUAAUGAACCAAAUUCAGACUCUUUGCCACUGAACUCCAGAUUAUAAAUCCUAGUGGGAAGGAGUUUCAGAACAUAUGGUGCAGUUUGGUAGCCAUUCACCCCAUGUGACUGUCACACACGUGGACUCUGAGUGGCACGCUUUAAAUGUCGAAUAUACAGCAAUUUUGAAUACUUAGUAUACGAAAAUGUAAAAUAUCUCAAUAGUUUUCUAGACUGGUUACAUAUGGAAUAUGAUAUUUUUGGAUAUUUGGGUUAAAUAAAAUAUAUUAUUAAAAUUA